AACAACACAGACCACUACAAACAUGAUGAAGCUGGUGGUGUUGUCUUGCCUGUUGGCCGCCGCGUCUGCGGGCCUCAUCGCUCCCCUCGCCUACUCGGCGCCUUACGUCUACCCCGCGGCCCUCGCUUACAGCGCGCCCCUCGCCGCGCCUUAUAACUACCGAGGCCCGCUGUCCCUAGCGCCGGGACAACCCGCCAACAUCCUCGCCGCUGACGGCAGGCCGCUCGACACCCUCGACGUCAACCUAGACCGCGCCGCACACUACACCGCCAAGGCGCUCGACAACGGAUUCCACCUGCUAAAGAAGCGUUCCGUGAUUUCUCCUGUGAUCGCCGCCCCACUGGCCCACGUCGCGACCCCACUGAUUGCGCCCGCAGUGCGUGUCGCCUACACCGCGCCGUACGCUGCCUCCUACAUCUCGCCUGUCGCCUACGCCCGCACCGCCUCACAUGUCACUCACGUCCUGUAAACUACAUACUUAUUAUAAAA